GGCGAGGACGACAAGCCUUUAGUGCCGAAGCGCGUGGAGAGGGCGGGCAAGCAAAAAAAGCUCAAGGAUCACGAGCAGGAUGACCUUGACCCGGCCGGUGACGUCGACAUGAAGGACACUAACAACGACGAUGACUUUGUGGUGCCGGACGAGGAUGAGAAGAUUGUCAAGGACAAGCCGGCCAAGAAGACGCCCUCGAAAGCAAGUAGGAAGCGAAAGUCUGCCGUAUUGGAGGAGGAGGAUGAGGACGACCUUGACAUGGAGGAAGCCAAGCCUGCGAAGAAACGAGCAACACCCGCGAAGAAGGCUGCUAAGCAAGACGCACCGCAGGACAGUGCAGAGGUUGCGGCCAUUCUCAACAGCAUCCCUACAAUAAAGGCUCCUUCACCACCACCGAAGUCCGGGGCCGAAGGUGAGAAGCCUAAGUUUCAGUUUGGCCAACAUGCCAACUCCGCUGUGCCAGCUGCUGCCAUCAGUAGUAGUGAGCUGCCACAAGGCGCAGACAACUGUCUUGCGGGUCUCACAUUCGUCUUCACAGGCCAGCUUGAGCGUCUAGGCCGUGAGCAGGGUCAAGAGCUUGUCAAGCAGUAUGGUGGUAAGGUGACUGGUGCUCCGUCUUCGAAAACGAGCUACGUGGUGCUGGGCGAGGAUGCAGGUCCGAAGAAGCUUGAGACGAUCAAAAAGAACAAUCUCAAGGUCAUCAACGAAGAGGGACUAUUCGAGCUCAUCAAGCGUUUGCCAGCGAAUGGAGGUGACUCCGCUGCAGCGGGGAAGAUGGCGGAGAAGCGAGCGAAGGAGGAGGAGCAGAUGCGGAAGGCUGUCGAAGAGAUGGACAAGCAGGAGGCUGCUGUGAAGCUGAAGAUCCAGGCAGCUGCCGCUGCUGCUUCUGCCGACAAAGGUGGCACCCCGAAGGGCAAAGGCAAGACGCCCGUUGACGGCCCAGACACACGCCUCUGGACGGUCCGAUACGCACCCCAACAGCUCAGUCAGAUAUGCGGCAACAAAGCGCAAGUGGAUAAGCUGCAGCGCUGGCUGCGCAACUUCCCAAAGAGCCAGCGGGUCGGCUUCAAAAUGCCCGGACCCGAUGGCUCGGGCACACAUCGUGCAGUUAUGAUCCAUGGCCCACCCGGUAUCGGCAAAACGACCGCAGCACAUCUUGUCGCGAAGCUCGAAGGCUACGAUAUCGUCGAAUCCAACGCCUCUGACACCCGCAGCAAGAAGCUCGUCGACACUGGUCUCAAGGGUGUCCUCUCCACCACCUCCCUCAUGGGCUACUUCGCUUCUGGUACCGACUCGGUGGAGGCCAGCAAGAAGAAGCUUGUUCUCAUCAUGGACGAAGUCGACGGCAUGUCCGCGGGCGACCGGGGCGGUGUCGGCGCCCUUGCUGCCGUCUGCAAGAAGACCCAAAUCCCCAUGAUCCUCAUCUGCAACGACCGCAAACUGCCCAAAAUGAAACCUUUCGACUUCGUCACCUACGACCUCGCCUUUCGUCGGCCGACUACAGACCAAAUCCGGAGCAGAAUUAGCACGAUUGCUUUCCGCGAAGGCCUGAAAAUGCCGGCGAACGUCAUCAACGCUCUCAUCGAAGGCAGUGGAGCAGAUAUUCGCCAAGUCGUCAACAUGAUCUCCACCGCCAAACUCGACAGCCAGACCCUGACAUACGAAGAAGGCAAAGACAUGUCCAAAGCGUGGGAGAAACACAUCGUCCUCCGGCCCUGGGACAUGGUCGCCAAAAUCCUCGGCGGCGGUCUCUUCAACCCAGCGGCCAAAUCCACCCUCAACGACAAGCAGGAACUCUACUUCAACGACCACGAAUUCGCACCACUAAUGCUGCAAGAGAACUACCUCGGCACCUCCCCUCAACGUGCGAACCAAUACAACGACAAUCCGAAAAUAAGAUCCCUCGCCGUCCUCGACCUCGUGUCGAAAGCCGCAGACUCCAUCUCCGACGGCGACCUCGUGGACCGCAUGAUCCACGGCUCGCAGCAACAAUGGGCCCUGAUGCCCACCCACGCCUUCUUCUCCUUCGUGCGCCCGGCAUCGUUCAUCUACGGCUCGCUGGCGGGCCACGGCCAGACGCGGUUCACGCAGUGGUUGGGCAAGAACAGCACCCAAGGCAAACUCACGCGCAUGGUGAAGGAGAUUCAGGGACAUAUGCGUUUGCGUGUCACUGCGGACCGGCAUGAGAUCCGGCAGACGUAUGUUCCCAUGCUGUAUGAGCGGUUGAUUGGGCGGUUGAGGACGGAGGGAAAGGAGUGUGUGCCGGAGGUGAUUGAGAUGAUGGAUUGGUACUAUCUGACGCGGGAGGAUUGGGAGGGGGUGUGGGAGUUGGGGGUUGGGGAGGCGGAUUGGGAGAGGGAAGGGAAUAAGAUUGAGACGCAGACGAAGGCCACGUUUACCAGACUGUACGUUACUAACACCGCCACAGUUAUGCUCGGUGAUGGGUGUGCUUACUGAUGAUUGUGGGCAUGCAGGUACAACCAACAAUCCCACCCCCUGCCCUACCUCAAAGCGAGCCAGGUUAUGGCGCCCAAGC